CAGAUGACGAGCAGCAGGAUAACAUGGAGUCGGGCAAGAUGGCGCCUUCCAAGAACGCUCCGAGAGAUGCCUUGGUGAUGGCACAGAUCCUGAAGGAUAUGGGAAUUACGGAGUACGAACCAAGGGUUAUAAAUCAAAUGUUGGAAUUUGCUUUCCGAUAUGUGACUUCAAUUCUGGAUGAUGCAAAAAUUUAUUCAAGCCAUGCUAAGAAACCUAAUGUUGAUGCAGAUGAUGUGAGACUGGCAAUCCAGUGUCGAGCUGACCAGUCUUUUACCUCUCCUCCCCCGAGAGAUUUUUUACUGGAUAUUGCAAGGCAGAAAAAUCAAACCCCUUUACCACUGAUUAAGCCAUAUGCAGGACCCAGACUGCCACCUGACAGAUACUGCUUAACAGCUCCAAACUAUAGGCUAAAGUCCUUAAUUAAAAAGGGACCUAACCAAGGAAGACUAGUUCCACGGUUAAGUGUUGGUGCUGUUAGUAACAGACCUACCACUCCUACUAUAGCAACCCCACAAACAGUGUCUGUCCCAAAUAAAGUUGCACCUCCAGUGUCAGUGACAAGCCAAAGAUUUACGGUGCAGAUUCCACCUUCUCAGUCCACACCUGUCAAACCAGUUCCCGCAACAACUGCAGUUCAAAAUGUUCUGCUUAAUCCUUCAAUGAUUGGGCCCAAAAAUAUUCUUAUUACCACCAACAUGGUUUCAUCACAGAACACGGCCAAUGAAUCAAACCCAUUGAAGAGAAAACAUGAAGAUGAUGACAAUGAUACUAUGUAAGGAAUAUAGUGUAGUCUCUAUGCAUUUCAAACGUGUAGUUGGUUUUGAGCCCAGUAUACCAAACUAGAACAUUCUUGAUCGAAAAGUUAAAUGUAGCUGCAAUAUCACCUUAAAGUGUUAUAUUUAUUUCUUAAGGGUACCAAUGUUUUUUCAUUAAGCUUCAAGUAUAAAAAGUUAAGUGCUUGUUUAUUAAUGGUUUCAUUAAUGUUGAGUCCUGCUCUGGUAAUUCUAUUUUUGGAAGCAGUUUUCUGCAAUGUAUCUGACAGCAACACUUAAGUUUCACUUUCUACAGCCUGAUCAGUGGACUAAUCUUUAACAGCAUAAUUUCUAAUCUAUAUUUAAAUACUUUUGUAAGAUAAAAUAGUCACUUUUAUUGUCACCAACUUUUUUGACCAGAUCUCUCAAUUUAGCAAAUAUUGUUGGAGAGGUUGGAUUUA